UUACAUCCCCGCCCUCUUUCUCAACCCCUAUUUAAUGAACAACUCAGCGUCAGGACUAUCUUCCAGCUCUCCAAAACCCUAGAAAAUGGAGCAAGGAGAAGACACGAGGCGCAGCAGCAGCAGCAGAAAGGAGAAGAAGAAGAAGAAGAGAAAGCGAUCUGAUGUUGAGAUCGAGACCUUCUCCGAAGAUACUGCUGCUGAGACGGAGAUUAUCCCCCAAAUCGAUGGAAACAUCGCUCCUUCCGUCGAAUUAUCCGUCAAGAUGGAGAGCUUCCGGGAAUCCAGCGACAAGAUUGCCCCCGUCGUCGGGUAUUUUCCUUCAGGUUUCGACCCGUUGAAGCAUCGGAUGUCCAAUGAAGCAGGCGAUGAUCCGAAGAUUAGGGUUUUCAGGAAUAAGCAGUUUUCGAAUCGCCUCCAGGUUGUCGUCAGCCCAAAAGAGUCUAAGGUUGAGUACGUUGGCACGAGUUUUUUGGGCGAGGCUACCGCCCCUCAGGUCUGCACCUACGCCCUUGGUGUCUUGGAUAAGGAGACAAAGAGGCUGAAGAUCGUCCCAAUUACUGCUAACAAGAUCUUCAGGUUGGAACCAAGAGUGAGAGGAGUUCCUCGGGUGUUAAAUGAAGAGGACCUUACUGAAGAAAAGAAGGUGAACAAUGUGGCUGAUCUCACCAACGUCUUUGGAACAAAGCAGUCUAAAAGAAGGUUUCGUAAAUGGGAAGUACUGCUACGGAAAGAAGUUGAUCCUGAGGCGCAGAGAGAAAUAGAAAGUAAAAUUGAGGGUGUUGAAAUAAACAAGGAGGCCCUUGAAAGAGUUAGCGCAGAAGUUGGUAACAUCCCGCCACAUGACACGACUGCCACUACACCAGAAAAAGCUUAUCCAUUGGACAAGAUUAUUCUCAAGGGGGAGUGGGAUCACCUUUCAGAUGUUAUGGAGCUUAUGCAAUCUGGUGCAAAUACAGCUUCAGCAGUUGAGUUUUGGCGAAAGGACACUUAUCCGUCUUUUGUUUGCAACCGUAUACAUAAGCUGGGGGAGAUUGGGGAUGAGGAUGAGAAGAAGAAACUGGCUUGCAUAUUUUCAUACAUAACUCUACUUAUACGGUUUAGGAAUUUGUCAAAGAAUCAUAAGAAAUCCCUUCCAGUGGUCCCCAAUACCUCUGCGUACCAUAAGAUACCCAUUGCUUUAUUUGACAAGUUCAUUAGGAUGUUCGCAGAUACCGAAGCAGAUAGACUGCCAAAGGAGAAGGGCGAUCUUCUCAUAAGCUACAUCUUAGUACUUACACUUUAUGCAGAUGGAUUCUUGACAGAUAUUACUGACAUUGCCAAGGACUUGAAGAUGGCGCCGAGUUAUUUACGACCAUACUAUGUACACCUGGGCUGCAAGUGCCCAGCAGGAGCGCACUCAUUAAAGAAGUCUGUGGUAGUUGCUCUUCGUGUUCCUCUGCAACUCCCAAAGUUGAAGAUGAAGUUUAGGAGAUAGCCAGGUGCUGUUGCUCUGAGACUUGCAGGUGCAGUUAUGGAGCAUAGAUCAGUGUGGAGGAAUACCCUGCUCUCUUUUCCUUACAAGCUCAAAUGUCUAUGGACAGGAAGAGAAUAGUGGUCCUUGCCUAACAUGUUUGAAGUUAAGAAAGCCCCACAUGUAGGAAUCUGCCAGUCUAGAAUGUGAAGAUGUGUCGGUGCAGGCAUCUUUGAGAAAUUCUUCUAAAAUAUCAUGGGUGAUGAAGACUAUAGAGUUGGGGCCUAUAAGGGGGUUUCCGGAAAAGGCAGGGUUUCAAGCCAGCAAACCAUUAUGGCAUUAUAGCUCCUAAUUUGUCAAGCAGGAGAUGAGAUGGGGGUUUGCAAAAUUCCCAAUAACUGCAUUUGGAUCAAAAUGGUGUAUCAGCCUCAAAAGAACCUUUAGUGGAUUGUGUCCAAACUGGUCCUUAUGGUCAUCUGUUAGGAUAGGUUUUGGCACACGAGUGAAAUGAAUUGCCAAUUUUUGUUUAAUCAAAAGGGAAUGACAAAACGAAUUAUGUUUCCUGGUAUUUUAAUCUGAACGCACCCUCAAUUUUAUUUUUU